CACAAACCACACGUCCUGCAUCCUUCUGAACAAAAUGUUCACACAGGCGUGGGAAGGUGCGCGGAGCAUGAGUGCAUGAUAAUGGAAGAUAAGUGUUGGGUAACUUCUCAACAAGUGUGCAUUAUUGAAGAUGAUUUGAGAGAGGAUGUUCAUUUCUGGGACAUUAACCCAGCACGCAAAGGACAACAGAAUUUUUUUAGUUGCAUUUUGGGAUUGACCAAUCCAUUGUCCAUUUCUCUUUUUCACUGAAAGCUUCCUCUCAGGAUGAAUGCCAUCAACUCCAGCCAGGUUCCCGGAUCAAACCUUACUCUGGCAAACCCCUUGCUUGUUCUUCCUCUGGCGCUGGUCAUCUUCCCAACGGUGAUGGGGAACCUGUUGGUCAUCCUGGCUAUUGCUCGCACCCCUCAGCUCCACACAACCACCAAUGUCUUUAUCAUCUCCAUGGCCUUUGCGGAUCUCAUCAUGGGCUGUGUGGUCCAGCCCUUGGGCGCCAGCAUGGUGGUGACUGGGAAAUGGCUGUUGGGAAACACGGUUUGCGACCUGUGGACGUCCGUGGACGUGCUUUGCGUCACGGCCAGCAUCGAGACGUUGUGCGCCAUCGCCGUAGAGCGUUAUGUUGCAGUGACGAGACCCCUCGAGCAUCAGGUCCUCCUGGGCAAGCGCAGAGCCGGCUACAUCGUAUGCAUGGUGUGGCUGGUGUCGUCCUUAAUUUCCUUCGUGCCAAUCAUGAACCAUUAUUAUCAUGCGAAUGACACAGUUGCGCAACAGUGUUACAAUAGCUCAGAGUGCUGUGAUUUCCAUAUUAACCAGACCUAUGCCAUCUUCUCCUCUGUGGUGUCCUUCUACGUGCCCCUCAUUAUUAUGGUGUUUGUGUACGGGAAGGUGUUUGCCAUCGCGACCAGACAGCUGAAACUCAUCGAUAAGGAUAGACUGCGCUUUCUGAGCACAGGCACGGCAGAUUCUUGUGAAAGUGCAGUUUCUGUAGGAAAAACAGCUCGUAGCUGUAGGCGGAGGUCAACGAGGCAUGUCGUAAAAGAACACAAGGCGCUCAAGACACUGGGGAUUAUUAUGGGCACCUUCAUUUUGUGUUGGCUGCCCUUCUUCGUCUUCAAUAUCAUCAAGGUCUUUUAUCACGAGGUGCCGUCACAGUCCGUGUUUUUUGGGUUGAACUGGCUCGGCUAUGCCAAUUCAGGCCUGAACCCAUUCAUCUACUGCCACAGUCCCGAGUAUCGUACCGCCUUCCUGAAUCUCCUAGGGUACAAAAAACUCAAGCGGCUAAAUCACAACUCCAUGCACAAACAUCUAUGGACCCUCACCUCAUGCAUCCAAAGCAACAGUUCUGUAAGGAUGGAUUGCUUAAGUCACAAAGAUCCAACUGCAGAGGGUGGGAACAUAAGCUCUGACACGUGUACAGUUCUUGAAGAACAAGAGUUAGAAUCUCAGCCUCACAAUGACUGAAAUGGGGCAUGAAUCAAUGUAAAAGAAAUGUUUAAGGGACACUGAAGAUGGGAAACAGAUCCUAUGUUUUUCAAGGGAAUUAACUGAACUCUGACAUCAUGCUUUUCAAGUGGAUCCCGACUGUACAUUCACACCAUGUUCAAAGGCAAAAUAGACAAAUUUUUAGAAUAAAGAGCAGCAAAGUGGAAAAAUGAUAUUGAGAACAAACUGUGACAUAAAAACGAUCAGGCAGAGACUGCUUUUUGAACUUCUCAUUGAAAACUGAAGUCCUAAUGACAAUUUUUUUCCCAUUUUUCCAGUUCAAUCACUACCCAGAGAUGAAUUUGAAUGAAUAAUGCUCAGGGCGCAAAACAUGAGUAAAGACUGCAAUUGCCAAUUGGUCGGAAACAUUAUUAGGAACAUAAUUAGCACAUGCACAACUGUGGUGAUUGUGCUGCCCUUGGAUAGUGCCAUAUAGUUUGUUUGGAUAUUUUUCUUCAUCAUUGCAAAUAGCUCCAAAAAUGGUGAAGACAUUAAAACUGCCUGCUAAAGAAAAGAUUUCCAACCUCAGCGGAAAAAGGACCAUCAGAAAAGGAUGUUUGGAAGUAUUCUUUUUCUCCAGAACAACAUGGAAUAUUCCUUUAAACAAAUCACCAAAAUGCAACAAUGACUGGCCAAAAACAAAUAAUUCAAAUUAUAAAAAUCCAAAUUACAGUUUCAUGGCUGGAAGAAAAUAUUUAUGGUAAUUUUUUUCAUCAGCAGGUGUGGCAAAGCAUUCAUUUUAGAGCCAACACACACUCUGGAGUGGAUUAUAUUGACAUUUCACUGGCUGUUUUGUGCCACACGUCUAAGCAUCUGUUAGAUUUCAACACUUUACAGCCCAGAUUGAUGCAGUGCCAAAGCUUUUGGCUUAUAAAUAUGCAACUACAGCCAAACAAAUCAAGAGAAUUGAACAGUUGCAUGUCUCACUGUUUGGUUUGCGAUAUUGGUGCUUUGAUAACAUUUUAAUGCAUACUGGCAUUAGUGAGGUUGGUGGUGAGGACUUCAUUCAUCUUCUGAUCAGAGCACUGUGAGUUGCCUUUACUUGCUUCUUUGAUCCUGACUGUCUGUAACUUUUAUCCUCACAAAAAACCUUGUACAGAGAAUUGAAACAGAAUGAAUAAAUGCAUGCACUUUGUAAUAUAUUUACAAAAAUUAAUCUAUGUUCAAAGUCUUUAGAGUGGAGUGUUUUUCAUGGAGCAAUCUUGAAAAGCCAUGUGGAAUAUUUGAUUUUCAAAUAACAAAUCGUAGGCUGUUUCUUCACUGUUUUAUCAAUUCAAAUGAAUACAUCACAAGGGAAAUGAAUCAUUUUAAUUGGUCCGUUCUCUCUGCUUGUCAUUGUCACGUCUUGUGGAAAACAUCAAAGGCAUUAGUUUGAUAAAGUUCAACUCCACAGCUAUUCAAAUGGUGGAAGAAUUGUAAUUAACUGCAAUCUCACAAAAGGUCAGAACAUAUGCAGCUGCUGCAUCAGUCUUUGGAAGGCUGUUGUUCUGACGCAUCAGUCUGAAAUGAGCAUCCUGAGGCUUUAUUUCAAAAUGCGAUGCAAAAAUCUGCCAAUUUGAAGACGAAUGCAAGCUUGAUCCCUAUAAUGUCAAUCAAUAUGAAGACCUAACAUAAAAAAAAGAAAUGUUUUUGCUGCAUAAUAUUUUUUACUUUCUACAGAAAGUUCACGCACAGCUAAUGUCAUUUAUUAAGAACAAAUACCUGCUAGAGGAACAUGGAAUUUGAUAUGCAUUUAAGGUAGAGUAGGCAAUUUUUUAUAAACACUUUUUGUUAUACUGGUUGAAACUCUCUUCACAUCCUGAUAGGAAAUCAACACUCUCAGAAAAAAGGUACAAAAGCUGUCACUGGGACGAUACCCUUUCAUAAGGUACAACUUUGUAUCUAAAGAGUGCAUAUUAGUCGGUUAAAGGUACAUAUUGGUACCAAAAGUGUACAUAUUAGUACCUAAAUUGUACAUAUUAAAAGGGUACCAUCCCACUGAUAGUUUUUGUACCAUUUUCUUCUGAGAGUGAAUAAUAAAAGUGGUCUAAAUAUUAAAAUAUAUAUCUACUGUGUAAGUCUCAGGACCAAAAAAUGUUCGUCCAAUCAUUGCAUUUGGUCCGAAUGCAAUAACAUGAAGUCCUACCUGCCUGUCAACAUAUUUAUUUCCGUACCUCCACGCACCCUGCUCGCGCAGACAUCACAUGUCAUCAGCGCGUUUCAUCAAGGCUAUGCAGAGUUGUGGACAGACACCGAGCGCCACAAACAAACAGCAGCCGCCUUUUACAGUUCCUCCUGAACCAAAACAACGAGCUUAUGUUGCAUUCACGCCAUGUCAUAACUGUAAUUACGAAAUGGCAACCCGUGACUUUCUACUCCAGGGGUGUCAAACUCAUUUUAGGGUGAGGGCUGGAUUAGAAAAAAAUUGACCAUGUGCGGGCCGAAUUACCUUUUUUGAAAAAACCUUAGUGUGCUGAUAGUUGCAUUAAUAUUAAACAUAUAAACAAUAAAUUAAUUUGCAAGAAAACUAGUACACUGCUCUUUAAAACUGAAUUUGUUUCUACAGCGAAAAUACUAUUUGAUUUUUAAAAUAAUGCUUUAUUUAAUAUUUUUUAUUAGUGAUGCACCUAUUUUGAUUUUUUAAUGGCCAAUUCCAAUUUUUUAGAAGCGAAUUGGCCAAUUCUGAUACUGGUUGCAGAAUUUUUUUAAAGCAAAUAAUAAUAAUAUAAAUAUUGUUCAUAUAUAUAUAUAUAUAUAUAUAUAUAUAUAUAUGAACAAUAUUUAUAUUAUUAUUAUAGAAGGCGUGGCUUUGUAGAACGCUCUGAAGGGAGGGUGGGAUCUUAUGCUUUCAGAGCUAGCUUGCUGUUGCUAGCCUCUCCGAAAUUGCCUACCCUACCUUCAAGUUUAAAAUGGCACACAACCAUGCUAUUCAUACUAUUUCUGCAAUAUGUGUACUGUUUGCAUUAUAUGAAUUUUAUGUAUGCAAAAUAUGCAGUACUAAACAAAAUAAUAUUUCCCACAAUGCAAUGUGCUUUAUAUGACUUUUCAUUUUACAUGUGAUAAAUGAACUGUAAGUAAAAUCAGCCAUGGUUUUCUUUUGUUUAACUUAUUAUUAUGUGAUUUAUUUGAUGAAUUGAUUUUGCUUUACUGAUUAUUGUGUACAAAAAUUCUAAUUAAAAAUGCAAAAUAACUGUAUUUAUAAAAAUGAAAUAAAAGAACUAUACAAUAUAGAAAAGAGUACAAUGAGUGUACAUGGCAUGCUACUGCUCAGUAUGCAGAAAGUGGUAUGCUAGUACUCCAUUCUCAUCUGAAAGUGUACAUGAGAAGAAACACAUCCGCAACUGAAAAUGUGAGAAACUUACCAUUACUUUGUCCAGACUGUCCUGAAAUAAUUUGUCAUGCUCAUGCAUGAUAAUUUACAUCCCUGAAAUUUCAAAGCAAUAGUUUAUUACGAAUGCACUCUACAAAGAAAGCCAAAAAUGUAGUUUUAGCAUUAAUCAUGAGCUAGCAUAUGCUACUCCUCCAGCAUCAUAUGACAUUCCCUGACAUGACUGCUAUUAAAAUAGGCCAAUGACUGAAUCACAAGAAAAUAUAAACAGCAUAAUAGAUAGCAUCAGCUUUCAAAUCUUGCAGAGUCCGUAACACCACCCCUCUGGAUUCACACUGAGCAGCAGACUGAAUAAGGUCAAGAAUUCAGAAAACACACUUUUGCCAACAUGCCUAGUUUUUACAUUACAAACACACUAACGCUCUCUCUCUCCCACUUUGCUUCCUGUCCUAUCAUAAUAAAGUCAAAAAAAAAAAAAAAAAAAAAUAAAUAAAUCUUUAAAAACAAACAAAAAUCAUUUAAAUUAUUUUUUGUAUAUAGGAUAGGCAGGAACAAUACAUACUGAAUACUGAUUACACUUGAAAUAAUUUUAACUAACCAGAUCAUGUUCAUUAAUAUUCUUUUAGAUUAUAGACAAACCUUAUAUUGGACAUUCUCGAUGACUUAUGAGGCCGACAAAUGCGACCUCCGUUUCAAAAUGAAGCACAAAUGUAUUUAUUUUAGAGAAUUGUUCAACACCUCUAAAUCCAUCACACUGGUGAUGACAUGAAAGCGCUGCAGGCUGUUGUCUUUUGCGUCAUCACAAUGUGAUCGAUUUAUGUGAUAGACAAGUAUAGAAACCAUCAGCCAUGGCACAGGAAGUGUUUAUCAGAUGAUCGACUUUAAAAAGUCAUUAUUCUUUCAGCUCUGUUUGUUGAUGCCAAUGCCACAAAAAAUUACACACUUCACCUUCAAACUGCAUUUCUAAAGCAGCUUUCCCAUUUCUUUUAUUAUGAUUACAACAUGUGAAAGCUCAAAUCUUAGGCAUAUUUCCCUUUUAGAGUGUAGCUUCCUAUAAGUAAGCUAUUUCACAACCACAUUUAGUCUGAGCUGAGUUGAUGUUUAAAAAAAAUAUUAAAAGAGAAGCCUGCCUCUCUUUCUCUCUCAUCAUUUUAGUUAGGCCUAAUGUUUGCUUUAGAGAGGAAAAAGCUUCUUGAAAAUUACUCUCCCUUUCUGUAAAAUGUAUAUAUAGCCCAAGCCUAAAAGCCUGUAUAAACCACAGGUCUGAUUGCUCAUGAGAAUCAGCCUGGUUGUUCCAGCAAAAUGUUCUCUCAUCAGAGUACUGCUCUCUUCAUCACUGAUUCAUACUCCUGAUGUAACAGCAUGGGAGCCUCACGGCACUCGCACAAUGUAGUGCACUUACAGUCGGCAUUUGUCAUUUGUCAACAGUCUUUCUGUGUCUGUCUAUCUAUCUGUCUAGAAAAAAUCCAAAGAAUAAAGAUUGGCUAUGUA